AAUAUAUCUUUUUGUGAUAACGUAUUUAUCAAGAUCUUGCAAUAUAAAUUCAGCGACGGGAUACUAGAGGACAGUAUCGCAUCAUUAAAAUUCCACAACGCAAAAUGACAAAUCAAGAUUCGUCGGAUAUAUUAUAUUCUAUAAAAAACAAAAUUUUAAAAAUUGUAUUCAAUCGACCAAAAAAAGGAAACUGCAUCAAUAUUUCUAUGUACAGUAAAUUGUCACAGCUCUUGCAUGAAUCUAUUCAAGAUAGUAAUGUACAGGUAGUUGUUUUAACAGGAACUGGAAAGUUUUUUACUACUGGGAAUGAUUUUGUUUCAAUUAUGGCUAAUCAAGAUCCAAAUUUUUCCAGUGUUGAAAACGUAGUCACUAAUUUCUCUAAUUUUGUGGAAGCUUUAAUUACAUACCCCAAGCUGUUAAUAGCUAUUGUAAAUGGUCCUGCAAUUGGUAUUGGAGCAACUAUGCUACCAUUAUUUGAUAUGGUAUAUUGUUCUGAUACGGCUUACUUUUACACGCCAUUCACUAAAUUAGGUGUUGUUGCGGAAGGAUGUUCUACAUAUACAUAUCCUAAAAUAUUGGGACAGUCUAAGGCUGGAGAUAUGUUGUAUCUAGGAUAUAAAAUGAAUGCUCGUGAAGCCAAACAGUAUGGCUUUGUUAGUGAGGUAUAUAAGCACAAAAACUUAAAUGAUGUAUGGACAUAUUUGAUGAAAAUAUCCACACUUUCAGCAGAGNNGAUACUGGCAAUUAAACGUCUUACUAAAAAAUGGAACGAGAAACUCUUAUUGGAAGUUAACAGAGAAGAAUCAAAAGAAAUAUUGAGAAUUUUUGAAUCUCCUGAAUUCUUUGAAAGAAUUAUAAGUGUAAUGCCUCGUAAAAGUAAUCUUUAAAAUGAGUUGUUUUUAAAUAUUUUUAUAUGUAUUUUUAUACAAUGUUUAAUAAUUAAUCUGCUUCAUUUACAAUAGAAUUCUUAAACAAGUAUGUUAUAUUAUUAGAUACUUCUGAUAACAUAAGUUCCUAUAAAAAUAGAGGAAACAAUUAUGAGGAAAGA